UCUUAUAUUAUUCUACCUAAAUUCUGAACUUGCUCAUUCAAAUACGCGCUUCAUAGCCCAAACUCCUUCACUAAACUUCAAACGCACGCAUCCAAUCGACUCUUUCUCUCUCUCUCUGAGAGAGCCGGCUUAUCAUUUCCUCAGAUCUCUGCCUCCCCCCUCUGUCUCUGGACGUCGGAUCCGUGGAUCUGAAUCUGCCACCGCUGUGAGAGGCUCGGGUCCGAUCAGGAAUGGAGAACUUGAUCUCUUUGGUCAACAAAAUUCAGAGAGCUUGCACCGCCCUCGGUGACUACGGCGAAGCCAGUGCAUUGCCCACUCUAUGGGACUCCCUCCCCGCGAUUGCCGUUGUCGGUGGCCAGAGCUCAGGGAAGUCGUCCGUGUUGGAGAGCAUUGUUGGAAAGGACUUUUUACCACGUGGAUCUGGGAUUGUUACUCGGCGCCCACUUGUCUUGCAGCUCCAUAAGAGUGAGGAAGGAAGCAGAGAAUAUGCGGAGUUUCUCCACCUUCCAAGGAAAAGAUUCACUGAUUUUGCUGCUGUAAGGAAGGAGAUUCAAGAUGAGACUGAUCGAGAGACUGGCCGUUCCAAGCAAAUCUCCAGUGUUCCAAUUCAUCUCAGUAUAUAUUCUCCUAAUGUUGUUAACUUGACACUCAUUGACCUUCCUGGGCUUACGAAAGUAGCUGUUGAGGGUCAACCUGAGAGUAUUGUGCAUGACAUUGAGAAUAUGGUUCGCUCCUACAUCGAGAAGCCCAACUGUAUAAUUCUAGCCAUUUCACCUGCCAAUCAAGAUCUUGCUACAUCUGAUGCAAUCAAAAUUUCACGGGAAGUAGACCCUACAGGGGAGAGAACACUCGGAGUGUUGACAAAGAUUGAUCUUAUGGAUAAGGGUACUGAUGCGGUGGAUAUGUUAGAAGGGAAAUCUUAUCGGCUGAAAUUUCCUUGGGUUGGUGUUGUGAAUCGCUCACAAGCGGAUAUUAACAAGAAUGUUGACAUGAUUGCUGCUCGGCGUAGAGAACGUGAAUAUUUCUCUAGUACCCCAGAAUACAAGCACCUAGCUCAUAGAAUGGGUUCUGAGCAUCUAGCUAAGAUGCUUUCAAAGCAUUUAGAAACUGUAAUCAAGUCCAGAAUUCCGGGUAUCCAGUCCCUUAUUAACAAAACAGUUGCUGAACUUGAAACUGAGCUGAGUCGUCUUGGAAAGCCCAUUGCUGCAGAUGCUGGAGGAAAGUUGUACAUGGUUAUGGAGAUUUGUCGUGCUUUUGAUCAAAUAUACAAAGAACAUCUUGAUGGCGUGCGUCCUGGUGGUGACAAAAUUUACAAUGUUUUUGAUAACCAGCUUCCUGCGGCUCUGAAAAGGUUGCAGUUUGACAAACAACUUGCAAUGGAAAAUAUACGGAAGAUUAUAACCGAAGCUGAUGGGUACCAGCCUCAUUUAAUAGCUCCUGAGCAAGGAUAUCGUCGCCUCAUAGAAUCUACUAUAAUUACCAUCAGAGGUCCUGCUGAAGCAGCCGUUGAUGCGGUUCAUGCCUUACUGAAAGAUCUAAUUCACAAGGCUGUCAGUGAAACUCUAGAAUUGAAGCAGUACCCAGGCCUCAGAGUAGAGGUUGGAAAUGCAGCUAUUGAAUCACUUGACCGAAUGAGGGAGGAAAGCAAAAAAGCAACACUUCAGCUAGUUGAUAUGGAGUGUAGUUAUUUGACAGUUGAUUUCUUCCGGAAGCUUCCUCAAGAUGUUGAGAAGGGUGGCAACCCAACACAUUCAAUUUUUGACAGAUACAAUGAUUCAUAUCUUAGGCGAAUUGGGACAACUGUUUUGUCUUACGUCAAUCUGGUCUGUGCAAGUUUGCGGAACUCUAUUCCGAAGUCCAUUGUUUAUUGUCAAGUACGGGAGGCCAAAAGAAGCUUACUUGACCAUUUUUUCACUGACUUGGGUAAAAUGGAGCCCAAGCGGUUGUCAUCGUUGUUAAAUGAGGAUCCAGCCGUGAUGGAGCGACGUACCGCUCUUGCGAAGAGGCUGGAGUUGUACAGGGCUGCACAGGCAGAAAUCGAUGCAGUUGCAUGGUCCAAGUAGAGCAGUACAAGCAUCAUCUACUCUCUUUGUACGAGAAGUAUGAGUAGAUGUGAGCUAGUCAUACAUACCGGAGGAGAAGGGGGUUUAUGAAAUUUGCAAGAGCUGAUUGUCGUCGUCGAUUGCUAGGGGAAAUUAUUCACUGUCUCUAUAAAUUCAACAUUAUAUAGGAAUGCAUCAUAUAUUCCAUACCUUUUCCAUUAACUCAGUGCUUGUGUUGGCAUUCGAUCUGGAAGUUCAUGUGUCUGUGUAAAACAUCCUUAGAGUAUCUCUGAGCCUCUUGAAAAUCUUUGAUUAUUGAUCUGGUCUCAUAGUUCACAAGAUGUUUUUUUUUCUUCCUCCAAAAUCCUUGUAACGUUUUAGAGAAAAUCAAUGGUAGUUUGCAGUUUUCCGACAUUUAAACGUAAUUAGAGGGUUUGAAGCCAAUUUUGUAA